CACUAUUCCUAAACACUCUACCAACACCUCUCUUCCGUAUACUGUGAGUAUGUGGGUUUACCUUGAUCGAAGCGAUAACUAUGCAGAUGAAACGCUAUUCUGCCUACCUUUUUCAGGAGACUAUACUUCUGUUCCUACUACUCCUCCUGGCUCUCCCGAUCCUCCAUUUUCUGUAGAGAACCUAACUUGUUGAGGAAGACUUUAUAAGUACUAUCAAAAUUACACGAUAUUUUUUGAAUGAAGGUCUGCUCAUGGAGAUAAAUUUACUAGGAAAACAGUCCAGCCAAUUGCACAAUCCUCCUCCUGGCACUACUUCUCAUUUAAAUUUGCCCUCAAAGGGUCAGCUACAGUUUUUGAGCCGCUUUCUACUACAGAUAUUGAAGUCGAGUUUUGGGACGCGGAUGGUAAUCUAGCCACCGAUUAUAUUAGCACUACCAAUUCUUCAUCAAACUUUACAGAUAAUUACUCUAUUGGCUACACAUUCAAUGGCUCAGACCCUGUAUAUAAAUUUUCAGGGUUGGUUUAUAGGUUAAGAAUCAGCAAUACUAUUGAGUCCCCAGAAAAUAGAACUCGCUCUGAAUACAUAAUUGACAAAAAGGAUUUGUAUUAUUUGUACUUCGACUUCACCAACAGUUCUCAGAACGGGUUUUACAGAAACUCAAUGAAGAACCGAGGCUUUAUCAAAAAAGGAGGAAAUAUAGAUAUUAUUCGAUAUAUGAAAAACUCCAGCAACUCAACUUAUCCAACUCUGAUGACGAAUAUGGGAUGGAUCACAUAUCCUUAUACUUGUUACUAUGAGACAGAUCCCAUUGAGUUUGAUAGCUCAACAAAGUACUCCUUCGAAACAGACUUGUUUUGAUAUGAAUAUGACUGAAAUAUCUUCGUUUAUUUCACGGGUAAGUUGGCCUAUAACCUUCUUCGUUUUUCAGAAUUCUCUUGUCCCAAAAACAGAAAAUUAUUUCAGUAGAGAAGCUUUAACCCUUAAUUUUAGACAUCUAUGGAGCAGAGAUUGGAAAUGGUGUUUAUACAAACGAUGAUUAUACUGGGGUUUCCUAUGGUAGGUAAAAACGUCAUAGAAGACAUUAA